AUGAAAAUGCCAUCGGAAAAUGGAUUUCGGUAUUUCUGGCUUAUGAUGCUGGUGAUGUUAAACAUGUGGUCGUGGGACACAGCAGGGCAACUGGCAGUGAAGCUGGGAAGAUGGAAUCUUCUGGUCGAGAAGGGCGGCGUCUCGGCCAUGCACAUGACCACCACGUACAAAAACACAGUAGUGAUGUUCGAUCGGACCAACUUCGGGCCGUCGCAGCUCCUGCUGGACAACGGGCGCUGCCGGGACAAUCCACAGGACCAGGUCCUGACCCACGACUGCUGGGCUCACUCCAUCGAAUACAACAUAGCCACCAACACAAUCAGGCCGCUCAUGAUCUUCACCGACACCUGGUGCUCCUCCGGAGCCUUUGCCGCUAAUGGGACACUCGUUCAAACGGGCGGGUGGCGGGACGGAGCCACAGAUAUCCGCUACUUUGUUCCUUGCUCCAAUGCCUCCUGCGACUGGGAUAAUUCUGAGCCUGUUAAGCUCCUCGCCAACCGCUGGUACGCCGCCAACCAGAUCCUUCCCGACAACCGCAUCAUCGUGGUGGGAGGCACGGGCGUGUUUAAUUACGAGUUCGUUCCUAGGCGGCCCGGUGAGGGAACGUACAACCUGCCCUUCCUCACCCAAACCCGAACCAGCUCCGCAGUCGAGAACAACCUCUAUCCCUUCCUCCAUCUUUCCUUCGACGGCAAUCUAUUUAUCUUCGCCAACAGGGACUCCAUUCUCCUCGACUACAAGAACAACGUGGUACUGAAAACAUUCCCCAGAAUGCCGGGCGACGGCCCAAGGAACUACCCUUCCACGGGCUCUUCCGUCAUGCUGCCGCUCUCUGCCUCCAAUGGGUUUAGCAAGGUGGAAAUCCUCAUCUGCGGUGGCUGUCCCGACAAUGGCUACGCCGCUGCCAAAGCAGGUAAUUUCACGGCCGCCCUGCGCAGCUGCGGAAGAAUGGUCAUCACGGACGCCAAUCCCUCGUGGAGCAUGGAAGACAUGCCCGGCCCAAGAACCAUGUCCGACAUGCUCAUUCUCCCUAACGGCGAAAUUCUCAUCAUAAACGGAGCAGCCAAAGGUGUGGCCGGGUGGGACAUGGCCAACACGCCAGUCUUCACGCCCUACCUCUACAGACACAGUCUACCCGUCGGGCAGCAGCGAUUUUACGUUCUCGCGGCCACCGGUAUCGCCAGAAUGUACCACUCCACUGCCAACGUCUUGCCCGACGGGAGAGUCAUGGCUGGCGGCUCCAACCCACACUUCAAUUACGUUCUCACGGGAACGCAAUUCCCCACGGAGCUCCGUUUGGAAGCGUACAGCCCUUAUUAUUUGGAGAGCGUCUACGCCGUCCUCCGCCCACAGAUAAUCACCAUGUCUGCCACCUCCAAUGUUGCCUACGGCACCACCUUCACCGUCACCUUCUCAGUUGCAUUCGGUAUGACGAGUAGCAACGUGGUAAAUUUUAACGUGUACGCUCCGCCCUUCACAACUCACACCACAUCCAUGGGCCAGAGGAUGCUCUCCCUCUCUGCAUCCAAACCCGUAGCGGCUCCAAACUCUACAACUGUUUUUUCUGCCACAGUAACCGCUCCCCCGACGGCUGUGGCUGCUCCUCCCGGAUAUUACAUGUUCUUCGUUGUCAAUGGGGAAAUUCCCAGCAAAGGCCAGUGGGUUCAUUUCUCUUAA